AUAAAAUUUCAAAAUUGUUAACUUUGUUCAAAUUAAAGUAUAUCCAAAUCCUAAUUCGGCUUUAUUUGAGCCGGUAAAUAAUUUUUUUUACAAAUUGACCGGUAUGUUAGUCUUCCCUGUCAGUGAGUCUUGUCCGUCUGUAGUAGAUGGUUGUCUGGAAAUUGCUUCUGUUCCUUGAUGGCCGGUGCUGGCGCAUGUAGCGUUCACAUGUUUAUAAACAUCUCAGGGAAUACAAUGUAAACGGCGUGGAGACCGAUCAUGAUGGCAAGAUUGUGCGAGUGGUGACAACAAGAGUCGAGUCUUCUUCGAGCUCAAGUCGACGCGCACGCUCGCCGACUCCAGAGGAGAGGGAACGCCUAGAGGAACCUCAAGGCUUGCCUGAUCCUAAACCUGUUGAGGAUAGAGUUGAGGAGGCCAAUGCUGCCCCAAACGAGAGUCAGCCGGGAGAAGAUGGUGGUGACAAAUCUCCCGGCGACAAGAAAUAAAUAGGGUGUGAGGGUGGUAGGUGGACGCCACAUGGCCGAAGUCACGUGGUCACCUGCAUGCAAAGUAUUGCGUCCUAAAAUGUUGUGGCUUUUUAUUUUAGCUUCAGUCCCGCACCGAUGAGUUCUGCUGACAAUGUUGUGACUUGUGGCAUAUUGGUGUCUUCACUGAUUGGUUCUCUACUCUUUGCUCAAUAUUUAUUUUGUUUUCAUGCACUCUCUCUCAUGAAGGCCAUCAUCCUAUAUGAGCUCAUCCUCAUGGAAAACCAGAGUAUCAUCUAGUUCUAUGUCGAGCCAGUCAGCAGGCCAAUCAGGGAAGGAGGAAGAGGUUAAAACCAAAAUGGAGGAAGAGAAAUCUGGUAGUGAGCAGACCGUGUCGUCGUAAAACCAAACCACGAGUCGUGUCCCAGUGUGACGCUGUGCCCACAGUACUAACAAACAUUCCUCUUCUAAUACUGACAUAUCGUUGACAUUUGACAUUUGACAUUUGACCAUUGACCUUUGACCUUUGUCUCACAGAGUCGGUUUACGGCAAGUCGUCGAGCAAGUUAUGAACGUUCAAAGUGAUAGUUCUUCCCGACUCGUAGACUAUAUCAACGCUGCCCAGUCUGGACAAUUUGAAGUUGGGGGAGAUGCAUCCCAAGUGUCGAUGAAGAUGAUGCGAGGUGAAGUGUCGGCCAAGACGACGUAUCAGCGCACCUCCACUGGGCCCGUCGUAGUCGCCUCCGUCGACCCUGAGGGCAAGUUCAUCGUCCUCGAGAACACAUCGUCAGGAACAUCACGCAGGGAUGUCGAUCUCGACAGCUACAGACUUGAGAGGGACUUGGACUCCAAGAGAAAACUGUCAUACACCUUCAGAAACUAUUCACUGAAGGCCGGGAAACAGGUCAAGAUCUGGGCCAAAGGAUCCUCGACGAGUGCCGGCUUGAACGACCUGGUGUUCCGCGACGCCGACUCCUGGGGAACCGGCUCCAACAUCACCACCCCUCCUCAAUAACAAGAACGAGGAGAAGGCCUGCCACAUCCAGAAGACCAACUACUCCUAAACGUCCCCAAGCACUGCCAUGUCACGCCACCAGAGGGCGCACCGGUCUAAUCUGUGGGCGUCGACAGCCCAAGCCACCUAUCCGCUGUUUAUAUUGACUUAGAAUAUAGCUAAAGAUUUCAAUUGUUUCAGUCCAGAAUUGUUUUUAAAAAUGUAUGUUAAUAUCACAUUUUUUAGUAUCAUUGUGGACGUAUUUAAUUUUCAUGCUUGUAUAUCAACCAUAUUUAUGACAAUACUCUCUUGAACAAUUUUUAUGUUGAUUAGUUUUUAAAAAAAUGUUGUUUUUGAAUUUUAGAAAAGCGUAUGAAAAUAAUCUAACAGCGCUUGUGUUUACGUCUUUCAGUUCAAUACUUUAUGUGGUGCUACUGUAUCGAUUGGAUGGUUACAUUCUGGUUGUGAAACUGACCAUUCACACAAUGUACCCUUUGUACAUCAAUGGAUUCAAAUUCUUUGUUUAAAAAGGGUAGAUAACUCUGCUUUCAUUGUAUCUCAGGCCUGUCUUGGUGUAUCAGAUCUGUUUGUAAUAUAUUAAAGAUUUUCAAAGAACACAUCUUAUAUACUUUUUUGCAAACUAUUUUUCAUAAUAUUUACCUUUUAUAUGAUAUUGUUUUCAUCUAGCCUUAUGCAUUUAAAGAGAAAUACAGUUGUGUUUUAGGCAGCAUAUCAUAUGUAGAAUAGAUGUAGGGGAGGUCACUCUGAUUCAGACAAAUACACCACAAACACGUUCUUGGUGUUGCCAUUACGAUUGCUGUCUUGAUUGACGGACAAUUACAAAUUUUAACAAAAAAAUAUUUAAGGUACAGCGUGACAUCAGCCUCACUAUGGGUUCAUUGAGGCACAAUUUAAAA